AAAAAACCGUAUGCCUUAUCCUUCGUUUCUUCCUUCCUGCUUUCUCUCUUCCCUUUCACUCCUUCACCGCUACAACCCACGCCGGCACAACCUCUCCGUCGCAGUCGCCCGCCGGCACGCCUCUGUCGCCGUAGUUGUUUUCAUUUCCUCAUUCCCUCCCUGCUGCAACCACGCCGGCACGCACGACUACCGCAUUCUUCUGUUCGUCGACCGUGGUCUACACUCUGUCUUCAGCAACCUCUCUCUCCCUCGUUCGCAGCACACACAAUUUCAUGGCAUCUCAGGUUGUCCGUGAGUGGAUUGGAAUUAACAAGUUUGCAAUGGCUACACAAGACAAAUUACUUGAGUUGCUGGGAAAACUGAAGCAGAAUGUCAACACAUUGACAAUACUUGUAAUGGGGAAGGGUGGGGUUGGAAAAUCAUCCACUGUGAAUUCCCUUAUUGGUGAAAGAGCUGUAUCUGUUAGUCCUUUUCAGUCAGAAGUGCCAAGGCCUGUGAUGGUUUCUCGCUCAAGGGCUGGAUUUACAUUAAACAUCAUUGAUACACCGGGCAUCAUAGAAGGAGGUUAUAUCAAUGACCAGGCUCUUGAGAUCAUAAAACGCUUUCUUUUGAAUAAGACCAUAGAUAUUCUUCUCUAUGUGGACCGGUUGGAUGCAUAUAGAGUAGAUAACUUGGAAAAGCAGGUUAUUAAGGCCAUAACAGACAGCUUCGGUAAAGCAAUAUGGAAUAGGGCUUUGGUCGUUCUCACUCAUGCCCAAUUUUCCCCACCAGAUGGAUUGCCAUAUGAUGAAUUUGUUUCCAGAAGAUCAGAAGCUCUACUGAAAACUGUCCGAUCUGGUGCCUCUAUCAACAAAAAUGAUAUCCAGGGGUCGAAGAUUCCAGUUGUUUUGGUUGAGAACAGUGGACGGUGCAACCAGAAUGAGAAAGAUGAAAAGGUUCUUCCAAAUGGGAUUGCUUGGAUUCCUCACUUGGUUGAGACAAUCACCACAGUGGUGUUGAAUGGAAGCAAGUCUAUUUGUGUUGAUAAAAAGUUGAUCGAAGGCCCAAACCCCAAUCAGAGGGGGAAGUUGCUGAUUCCCUUUAUUUUUGCACUCCAAUAUCUCUUCGUUGUCAAACCUAUCGAGCGAGCAAUAAGAAGUGAUAUAUCAAAAGAAAGUAGACCGUCGUGGGAGAUGCGUGAUACGAGCUUGUCCAGCCGCAAGUACUGAUUUGACCACAUAAAUAUCCUCAACGAUCGAAGUUUGGUGAGUUAAUCUAUGAGUCUUUUGUUCGUGUUGAGAUUAGACCUUGUCGCGUUUUUGUAGAAGUUUGAAUCUAAAGAUAACUGAGUUUCUGUAAGUGAAUUCGUAUACGCUGCCAACCCUCAGCUCGGAUACUCAUAAUUAGUUAGAAAAUUGUCUCUUUCCUUUCGUUUU